GCUCCUUCCGUCGGUGGUUUCUUCCUUCCUGCUCCGCCGGCGUCUGUCGCGACAUGGGGAAGAGGUCGUUUUUCGCCAGCACCACCUGAGGAGCCCCUGGAGCCGCGAUGGAAGAGGAUCAGGAGCUGGAGAGGAAAGCCAUAGAAGAAUUGCUGAAGGAGGCAAAGCGUGGGAAAACCAGAGCAGAGACAAUGGGACCGAUGGGCUGGAUGAAGUGUCCUCUUGCUGGUACAAAUAAAAGAUUCCUAAUUAACACAAUUAAGAACACAUUGCCCUCCCAUAAAGAGCAAGACCAUGAACAAAAGGAGGGCAGCAAGGAACCCGGCCACAGCCAAGACCAGCAGGAGACCAGCUCCAAGAAGCACAGAAGCCACUCCUCCAAGCGCGGCCUGCACUCGGCCCGGGGCUCCGUGGGCCACUCGCCCCCCAGGAAGCGCUCCUCCCGGGACAAGUGCGACUCCCGAGCCAGCAGGCGAUGAGUGGAGCCCAGGGCAGCCCAGUGCUGUGCCUGCACUGGGUCAGUGAGGACAGGGCGGUGGCAGGGCUCUGACACCCGAGAAUGACUCUCCAGGGGGUCCUUUGCCAUCAUCAUAAGGUGGCUGCUGUUGUGUUGUUUUUGUUGUUAACAGGAAAAAACAAAAAACCUUUACCAAACAAACCUUCCCUCCCUUGUCCUGAAGGUGUCAUGGCGAGAGUCAGUGGACAUAGCAUCGCCAUGCACAUCCGUGUUGUUUUUAUCCCGUCUUGUUUGCAAGUUAGCUUCAGAACAAGCCGUGCUAGGAAUUAAAGUUUUCAGGUUGUUGAAAACCAGUCCCAGUUCUUUGAUGUGCUGCACCUCUGGGGCCAUUUCCCAGGUGUGCUGCACCUCUGGGGCCAUUUCCCAGGUGUGCUGUACUUUUGUGGCCAUUUCCCAGGUGUGCUGCACCUCUGGGGCCAUUUCCCAGGUGUGCUGCACCUCUGUGGCCAUUUCCCAGGUGUGCUGCACCUCUGGGGCCAUUUCCCAGGUGUGCUGCACCUCUGGGGCCAUUUCCCAGGUGUGCUGCACCUCUGUGGCCAUUUCCCAGGUGUGCUGCACUUUUGUGGCCAUUUCCCAGAUGUGCUGCACCUUUGUGGUCAUUUCCCAGAUGUGCUGCACUUUUGUGGCCAUUUCCCAGAAUUUCUCAAAACAAAAUAAAAUACUUAGAAACGCU